UCCAGCAUAGUUGGAUCUUCCAAACUAAUUGGAGAAUCAAAUUUUUCACUUUAACAGGACAAACUAAGCUUUCUCACCAAACCAAUCAAUCAAAACCACUUUUUAUAACCCAAAUUAAAGCUAAAUCUGCCCAUCAAUAUAAAGUUUGGUUCUUUCAUUUGAGCUAAUAAUAAAAUUAUUUGGUCUGUCUUCAAAUUAUGCAAUUUAUUUGCAGUGGUGGGUGAGUUAGUAUAAGUUCACCAAACCCCACAAAAAAAGUAUGGGCAAUGGUAGUGGCAAAAAUGGUGGAGAAGGCAGUUCAGAAGAAGAGGGUAGUGGUGAAAAUUCAGAAAAAAUGGCCAUUUUUUAUUCCCCUCUUAAGUUCUCUCCACAGGUUCCAACAAUUCCUUUAUUAAGAUCAUCUGAUAUAAUGGCCGCGUCGGCGCAUAAUACAACAGAUUCUUCAGAUGAGAAACUGAAUGCUGUGAUGAUAACUUGGAGUUAUGGUGGCAACCGAGUGGCUGUCACUGGAUCAUGGGAUAACUGGUGCUCAAGAGAACGUUUGCAUAAAUCCGGUAAUGAUUUUGUUGUUGUGAAAACGCUUCCCUCGAGUGUUUUUCGGUAUCGGUUUAUUGUUGAUGAACACUUGAGGUAUGCUCCAGAGUUGCCUUGGGAGUGUGAUGAAUCAGGAAUUGCAUAUAAUAUUUUGGAUGUACAGGACGAAGUUUCGGAAGCAGUAGAAAUCCUUGCGGAAUUUGAAACUCCUUCAUCUCCAAUAACAAGCUAUAAUAAUGGUUCAGUAGAUGAAAUUGAUUUCAGGAAGGAGCCUCCUGACAUGCCUCAAAAACUUCAACUAACAUUAUUGAACGAUAAAUUUGCUACAGAAAGUGAUCGAACAUUGCCAAGACCUCAGAAUGCAGUCUUAAACCAUAUGUAUAUUCAGAACAAUCAAGGUCAGCCUGUUGUUGCUCUUGGUUCGACCUUUCGUUUUCAUCACAAGUAUGUGACUGUUGUACUGUAUAAGCCCUCUAGAUGAUGAAUAUACCGCCAUUUUAAACUCGAAAUUCAACACAGAUGCUGUAAAAUACUAACCUUAUUGGGUUCUGUCUAGCGCAAUAGGUUUUGCGAGAUUAGAUGUGUAGCUACAGAAUAGAUCUUUUUCAAUGUUGCACGAAAAGUUGUACGAAUCAUAUGUUUCAGCUUUUCAUUUACACAAACGUCAAAAUAUUAUAUUUAUAACAUAUUCAUAUAAAACUAUUUCUCA